CCGUCCCUCUCGCUCUUUCCUCCCAUCCCUGCCCUCAGGGAGCAGCCCGAAGAGGAGGCUGCGGAGGAGGAGGAGGAAGCCGCCGAGGAGCCGGAGCCGGUGGCAGAGCGAGAAGAGGAGCGGCCCAAACCAAGGCCUGUGGUCCCUCCGCUGAUUCCCCCGAAGAUCCCAGAAGGGGAACGUGUGGACUUCGAUGACAUCCACCGGAAGCGCAUGGAGAAGGAUCUGCUGGAGCUGCAGACGCUCAUUGACGUGCAUUUUGAGCAGCGGAAGAAGGAGGAAGAGGAGCUCAUAGCGCUGAAAGAGCGCAUUGAGCGGCGCCGGGCAGAGAGAGCUGAACAACAGCGCUUCAGAACCGAGAAGGAGCGCGAGCGUCAGGCUAAGCUGGCGGAGGAGAAAAUGCGGAAGGAGGAAGAAGAGGCCAAGAAGCGGGCUGAGGAUGAUGCCAAAAAGAAGAAGGUUCUAUCCAACAUGGGAGCCCAUUUUGGGGGUUACCUGGUCAAGGCAGAGCAAAAGCGUGGUAAGCGCCAGACAGGCCGGGAGAUGAAACUACGCAUCCUGUCUGAGCGUAAAAAGCCUCUGAACAUCGACCACAUGGGAGAAGACCAACUCCGGGAGAAGGCCCAGGAGCUGUCGGACUGGAUCCACCAGCUGGAGUCCGAGAAGUUUGACCUUAUGGCGAAGCUGAAGCAGCAGAAGUAUGAGAUCAAUGUGCUGUACAACCGCAUCAGCCACGCCCAGAAGUUCCGGAAGGGGGCAGGGAAGGGCCGCGUUGGAGGCCGCUGGAAGUGAGGCCCUGGGGCUGGAGCCAGAGCCCUGGGAGGACCUGUCCCGUCUCUGCGGUUUGAAAUAAAUGCUCCGCUUACAGACA